UUUGCGUUAAAUGUUUUGCAGUUGCUAUGCAAAUGCUGUGCUCCAAUGCCUUGCUUACACUCGGCCCUUGACAAUGUAUCUCCUUCAAGGACUUCAUUCUAAAGAAUGCUGGAAGGAAAAAUGGUGUUUUGUUUGUGAGUUUGAACAUCUUAUGCUAAAGGGAAAGGAAGGUUACACUCCACUAUCCCCCAUUCGAAUCCUCUCUAACAUUACUCAUCUUGGUCAUGGAAGAGAAGAAGAUGCCCAUGAGUUUUUGAGGUAUGCUGUUGAUUCUAUGCAGUCGGUUUGUGUUGAGCUGGCUGGACUUGCAGGUUCAGUGGCUGAAGAAAGCACUCUCGUUGGCAUGACAUUUGUAGGCUAUCUUCAUUCUAAGGUCUGACUCUUUGCUGAGAGCGAGCAUUGAUAUUCUGUAACU